UAAAAUUAACGGCUAAUUACGAUUUAAACCAUUAUUAUGGUAAAUAUUUUAAAACUUAUUUACUAUAAAAAUGUCUAUGUAUGUAUGAAAAACGAGAUACAUUUACAAACUAGAGAAAGAUAAUAAAUUUGGUCGAAAAAGAAAAAAGAAAAUAAUAUCUAACAUUUUAGGCUUUUAUGGUAAGAAAUCCGAGACGUAGAAAUUAAAUAGGCGAGAAGGUUACGACUCCUGAUAUUUCACAGCCAGAACAGGAAGGAAACAUAUUCCCUUUUAUUUUCACGGUCCUCGUAAAUCCCAAAUCUCAAAUCGGACCCCAAAAUUUGAUUGGCGACAAAUUUCUCCCGCCAAGUGUCGAAGGCGGAUGAAGAUUUCGACACUAUAAAUAGCGAUCCCGCUCUCCGGUAUGCUGCACAAGCGGCAGAGCUGAAAUCUUCCGGUGUCUGAGUUUGAGGAUAGAUUUGAGACUUCGAGUGAGUGACUGUUGAAUUCUGAAUCCAUUUUUUGGGAGAGCAAUGGCAAUAGAUUCGAGCUCUGCUGUUGAGAGGAUGGAUGUGGAGGUCAACUAUCUUGCGGAGAGCAACGUGUUUGUGCAGGACCAUGACGGCCCGGCCGUCGGAGGCCAGAUCGCCGGUUCUAAGAACGGAACCUGUCACCAGUGCCGUCAGAGGAAGACGGAAUUCGCAGCGUCGUGUACAAACGUCAAAGCGAAAGGCCCUUGCACGGUUAAGCUAUGCCAUAGUUGUCUGAAGAACAGGUAUACAUUGACGGCUGAGCAAGUGGCAGAGAAAUGUCCGAAAUGUCGAGGCGAAUGUAAUUGCAGUAUAUGCCAUAAGAAAGCCGGUUUAAUGCCCACUGGUAUUCGCACACACGAAGCCAAGAGGAAAGGGUAUCAAUCUGUUGCCGAUAUGUUGAUUGUGGAGAAGCCGCAAAAGAAGGAAAAUGGCGACAGCAAGGGUGGUAACGGGCAGGAGCGUGUGGCUUCAGACAAGGCAACGGGUGUUGAUUCACCUAGCAAACGAGGGAAGGAGGAUGCCCUUGAUCAGAGUGAAGAUGUGAACUCGGAUGCAGCAAAAGAGGAUGAGUUGAUAGAAACUUGUGAUGACGGCAGAGAUGGUGGUGCUGCUGUGAAUGACAAUGAUGCGAAGGCCAAGGGCAAGGCUGCAAGAGGGCGUCACAGGGUCAAGGAACAUUGCAUGGAGAGCAGAGUGGUUGUUCCUGAGGUUCCCCUACCUCAGGGCACCCCAUUGACAACUGUAGCGGGUGUCGACUUAGCUGCAGAGGAUGUGGGAAAUGCUCUCCAAUUCUUGAAAUUUUGUGAAACUUUUAGAGAGUUUUUUAAGAUUGAAAAGCCCCAAGCUGAGUCUGUUCUUCGGGAACUAUCGCGUGGAGGAAGUGGGCGAAGUGGACGGCCUGGACAGUACUCCUCUGUAGUUCGAUUUCAUAGCUAUAUGCUCUUCUUCAUACAGAAGGGUUUAUUACAGGAGUCUCUUGAGCAAGCAAGCACCAACUGCUCAUGGUUCCAAGAUUUGGCGAACCUGGUGUCUGCAUCCGGGGUCUCUAAGGUCGACCCUGUGAUGAAGGAGCUGCCUACAGAGUGUUUUAUUGAAGGCGGGGAGGGAUACGAUGCCUUAAACUUCUCCCAAAAGCUUCAGCUUCUGAUUUUCCUCUGCGAUGAGGCUCUUAACACAAAGACGCUGAGGGGAUGGAUUGAGGAGCAAAAUGAAAGAUCUGUCCAACGUAAAAGGGACAUGAAAGCAAAAGUUGCUCUGGCAAAGGAUAAGGAGAGAGAUCUCCAAGCAAAGUUGCAAGAGCAGAUGGCUAAGAGGACCACUGCAGAGAAUAGCGAUGCUCCCAAUUUCAGAGUCGAGCAUCCUGAUUUCAGAGUCGGACUCCAUUGCUUCAGUACUCAGAAGUGAGUUAGCUCAAGCUCACAUGGAGGUGGUUGAAGCAAUGGCCAUGGUACCCGAAAGCAAUGAAAUAUGUGAGGCUGUUAGAAUAGAGCCCUACAUUGUGGAUGCUGAUGGCCAUGCCUUCUGGAAACUGAGAGGCGAUUUUGAUGAAGAUAUAUUGCUUCAAG